AUGCGAGAAGUGCCCCGGAUGGGCACCAACGGGAUUUUAGGCGGCAUUUGGAGCAACCAUGAGUCCCCAGCUCAGCUCAGUGUGACAGUGUGCAAGGGCCACAGGAUCAGGAACUGGUGCUCCUACGUGGUGACCCGCACCGUCUCGUGCCACGUGCAGAAUGGCACCUACCUUCAGCGAGUGCUGCAGAACUGCCCCUGGCCCAUGAGCUGCCCGGGGAGCAGCUACAGAACUGUGGUGAGGCCCACGUACAAGGUGCUGUAUAAGACAGUGACUGCACGCGAGUGGAGGUGCUGCCCCGGGCACUCGGGGGCGAGCUGCGAGGAAGGCUCCUCUGGCCUCGCGGACUCUACGUGGUCGGGCAGCACCAUGCGGCGGAUGGCACUUCGGCCCGCAGCCUUCUCAGGUUGUCUAAACUGCAGCAGAGUGUCCGAGCUGACUGAGCGGCUGAAGGUGCUGGAGGCCAAGGUGGCCAUGCUGACUGUCACGGAGCAGGCAGUGCCCCCAACCCCAGCUACCCCCGAGGACCCUGCCCUGCUCUGGGGCUCCCCAGCUGCCCAGGGCAGCCCUGGAGAUGGAGGCCUCCGGGGGCUACCAGGAGCCACGGAGCGCGUGAGGGCCCCGCUGCUCCCUCGAGAUGACCGAGUGGGUGCUCGAGGGCUGCCUGGGCCCACCGGUCCCAAGGGAGACGCUGGCAGCCGGGGCCCGACGGGGAUGAGAGGUCCCCCAGGUCCACAGGGUCCCCCAGGGAGUCCUGGCCAGGCAGGAGCUACAGGCACCCCUGGAGAGAAGGGACCACCAGGCCCACCAGGGCCUCCUGGUCCCCCAGGCCCCCCAGCCCCUGUUGGGCCACCACACACCCGGAUCUCCCAACAUGGAGACCCGUUACUAUCCAACACCUUCACUGAGACUGGCAGGCCACCACCUCCCAUAAAUCUUUCCAUGGAAUCCAUGCGACACGAAGCAAGUUAUGAUUAUUGCCUAAGGGCAAGAGAAGCCAAGGUUCUUUCCCUGAAGCUGUGGCCCGCAUGUGGCGGUGUCCAGCUCUGGGGAAGAGAUGCGGUCAGACUCCUGCCAUCUGACACUGAGCUAUGUGAACUGCCCGCUGUGUACCUGGCCCAGGCCAAGUUGGGGUUCCCUCGACCCUUCUGCCCUCAAGCCUGCUCCACCCUACCCCGUACAAAGCUCAGCUCUUGUCUUGUUGCUCAGGGACCCCCAGGCCCCAUCGGACCCAAAGGAAUCCCUGGCCACCCAGGAGAGAAGGGCGAGAGAGGACUGCGUGGGGAGCCUGGUCCCCAAGGUUCUGUGGGACAGCAGGGAGAACCUGGCCCCAAGGGAGACCCUGGAGAGAAGAGCCACUGGGGGGAGGGGUUGCACCAACUACGCGAGGCUUUGAAGAUUUUAGCUGAGAGGGUUUUAAUCUUGGAAACAAUGAUUGGGCUUUAUGAACCAGAGCUGGGGUCCGGGGCAGGCCCUGCUGGCGUGGGCACCCCCAGCUUCCUCCGGGGCAAGAGGGGAGGACACGCUGCCAACUACCGGAUCGUGGCUCCCAGGAGCCAGAAGGAGAAAGGCUGAGGGUGGUGGGCCCUUGGGGUGGGCCAGGCCAGGCUCCCCUUCCCAGCCUGGGCUUGGCCAGCUGCCUCCAGGGACGCCCGUUGUAUUUAUUAAUGUCCUCAGGGUCCCUUCUGCCUCUAGGCCUUAGGCUAGGCAGGUCUCAGUCCUGGCCCCCUGCACUUGUCAGGCUGAGCAGAGACUGGGACAACAGCCCAGGCAAGAGGCGAGGCCUCGCUCAGGGCCCUGGGCCUCAGUUUCCUUCUGUGAAACGAGGAGAUGCAGGCCUUCAAGGAGGGGUGUCUUCUCACCAGCUGUCUGAGCAUCCAGGCCAAAGGCCCUGAGGGAGUCGGGGCCUGGAGCUCUGCCUGGCCCUGAGGACGUGUGGGGAUGAUGGGAGCCACCCUCCCUGCUCCCCAGCCACACCUGGGGAGCCCCCACCCCCUUGCUUUCUGGUGCUGGGUGGCCCACCCUGAAGUCCGGGCUCCU